AUGCUCCCCCUCCUGGCCGUCCUCCAGGCCUCGCUCUGCUCCGCCUUGGCCAUCAAUCCCAUCUCCUCCCUCGCACCGCGCAACGACUACAGCGAGAAGAACUUUGACUUCCUCAAGGUCCAGCACGCAACUGGCCUCAACCCAUACUACUUCCUGGCCAAGCCAGCCCUGUCUCUGCCCCGAGUCUCCGUCUGCCUUCCUCGGGAGUAUGGCGAACCCCACGUCGACGGCUGCAACAUUGCCUUUGACAACAUCCCCAACCUGCGCGACAAGAACGGCAACUUCGCCGUCAAGCCCGGCCAGUGCCGCGCCAUCAACGCCCAGUGCUGCCAGGUCACCGUCUGCGCGCCCCGGGCCCUCAACCUGCUCGUGCCGGCCACCGAGGUGCACCUCCAGGUGACCAAGGCCGCGGCCAACUGCACCGCCCAGCACCUCGGCUCCAUCUACAUGGACAACGGCUGGGACUACCUCAUCAUGGUGCACAAGCCCAAGGACCUCAACUGCUGGCCGGACGAUGGCAAGAAGACGGCCAAGGCCAAGCGUUUUUGGGAGGCGAUGUGGCAGACGGUCGACUAUACCAAGGUGUUUGCUUGGCCGAGCUUGUGGGUGCCGGAUGAGGAGGAGCAGGAGCAUUUGCUUAUGGUCUCAGAUGGAGCUCCUUGGUAG